UAGAUAGCAGAAAAAUCUGUAAACGUCUAAAGACUUUAAAAAACAUCAGAGAAUAAAGUCCAGGGACUGAAGGAAAGCAAGACAGUAUGAACGGAUAUGUGUUGCACAUUAAUAGAAUAGAAUAGAAAAGUCCUUUAUUGCCUCUCAGUGGGAAAAUUCAGGCGUACGAUACAGGAAGGGUAAACUUGCAGCAAAGGAAAAAAAUUACUCUACAGUUAUUAAAAAUAGCAAACUCAGAUGAAAGGACAUGUGCAGCUGAGAGAGAAAUGUGCUUGUGUGUUGUAUUAAUUGUAUCUUAUGUGGAACAUUGGACAGUUGUGGUCUGCUGGGUGCACUGAUUGUUGCAGAGACUGAGAGCUGCUCAGAGAUAAUCUACAUUUCACACCUUAUAUCAUUUAUUUACUUAUUCCAGUGCAGGACACGUAACAAAAUUUCUUUAUUUAUUGGUUUUUAUUAUCCAAAUGAACAACGAGGGCAGAUUUAUUGUUAAAGAUGUAGAAAAUUCAGCUUUUAUUGGAGAAACAGCAUUUUAUAGAAAAUCCAAUGUUAAAAAUAACCACACGAACACAGAAAUUGUUCAGCUUUACUGGCAAAAAGGGGAUUAAUAAUAAUAAUAAUGAUAAUAACAUUAACAGCAGGGGUUAUAAUAGUUGCUCCACCCGUGAUUGUGUUGAAAAAUAGUAUUUCUUAAAUACUGAUUAAAUAUUCAGUGAGAAAAUUAAAGGCUGUAUUUUCCCAUUAAGUUGUAACUUUUCUUGUGAGAUUAUAUCACAUCAAUAAAAAUGAAUCUAACUUCAGGUUUUUACACGUUUACCAAGGAGGUCAAUGAACCUGGAUGGUUCUGAUACUGCUGCUCCAUCCCAUCAGAACAGGACAUUCUCAGACCCGCCAGCAGAGGGAGCUACUGUCCGUCAUUUCCCAGGAAGACCAAAUAAGGAAAUGACGUACUGUCCGUGUGGCGAUGUCCUGAAAUAGAAAGUGUCUGAAACACGUUGAGGACUGUCAGAGUUUCAGCGGACACUGACCCAGAUUUUGACAGGAUGGAGGACAUUGCAGAGGACAAGGCCAGCUUUUAUUCCAAUGCUGAGGGCUACUGGAAGGAGGUCCCACCCACUGUGGACGGGAUGCUGGGGGGAUAUGGCGGCAUCUCCAGCAUCGACAUCAACGGAUCAAAGGCCUUCCUGAAGAAAUUCCUUGGGGAAGGUCAGGGGAAAACGGGAACAGGCUGCGCUCUGGACUGCGGAGCAGGAAUUGGAAGGAUCACCAAGCGGCUGCUGCUCCCUCUGUUCAAAACCGUGGACCUGGUGGACGUGACGAAGGAGUUCCUGGAUAAAGCCCGGUCAUACCUGGGGGACGAUGGCAAGAGAGUGGGGAACUACUUCUGCUGUGGCCUGCAGGAGUUUGUCCCGGAGACAGGACGAUAUGAUGUCAUCUGGAUCCAGUGGGUCAUCGGUCACCUGACGGACGACCACCUGGUGGAGUUCCUGCGGUGCUGCCAGAAAGCCCUUCGGCCCAACGGCCUCAUCAUCAUCAAAGACAACGUGUCGUACGAAGGCGUCGUCCCCGACGAGGUGGACAGCAGCGUGUGCCGAGACCUGGAGAUCGUCCGCCGCCUGGUGGGCCAGGCGGGCCUCUGGAUCGUCCACGAGGAACAGCAGAUGAACUUCCCCACGGAGAUCUACCAAGUCCACACCCUGGCCCUCAGAUAGGAGGGCGGGGCCUGGCCCUACUGAGCAUGUCUGUCUGGAAGCUGGGUCGGACCUCGGACCGUAGCGUCAGGUCUUCAUCUCUCUGCACACAAACAUCCUAGACUGCUGACGAAGCAGAGCUGAUCUCAGGUCUGUAGGACGAGGAAACAUCACCAUGGCAACCCAUGCUUGAAACCCAACCCGCUUCAGCUCAGUUUAGCUUUUGGGAUGAGAGGAACCAGCAGGUUCUGGAUUUGGUGCAAAAACGUUUAAAAGUUUUUAAUCGGAUUUCUUGUCAGAAAUCAAUUCAUCAGAUAUUUAAAUCCGUUCUUUGUCAGUUUAGUCUCUGAUUUCAUGUCUGUCAGAAGGUUCCUGCUGCUGUCAUCAGAAAUCUGGUACCAGAUCCAAUGUUUUCCGUGAACUGGGCCAGAACCAGAGUCAGGAGCGCUAGCUGGACUUCCUGUUUACUGGCUGCUUCAUGGUACAGGCCUCUGAUGGUGAAUCACCAGAAAAAGGAUUCAUAUUGUAGAGACAGAACGGGUCUUACCCGGCGGCACCGCUGUCCUACAGGCUGCAUUCAACAUGUUCCUCUCAUGAACGGGUUUGGAUCGUCCAGAGACUAGAGGGCUGCUGCUGAUGGAUGAGAUGAUUGGAUCCUGCUGGUUGGACCAGAUAAACCGCAGGGAACUUGAUCACGUGUUUGGAGCAGGAAAUCCCUUUAGAUGUUGAUCUGUGGAGCUUCUCUGAUCUUCAGCAGCUUCUCAAACUAAACCAGAACCUUUACAAACUGGGCUGGACUUUGUCUCACAGAUCGAUGCAGAGGAAGGUCCAACCACAGCAUUUUAAUCGGGGUGAGGUCUGGACUUUGAUUAGGCCAUUGCAACAUCUUUAUUAUUUUCUUUUUCAGUCAUUCUGAUGUAGAUCUAUCUGCUCCUGUGUUUGGGAUCAUGGUUCUGAUGAUCCAGUUUGGUCCAAACUUCAGUUCUUGGACAGAUGGACUCACAUUUGACUCCAGAGGUCAGAGGAGUUCAUGGUGUCCAGAUCCUGUGGUUGCAAAACAAGCCCACAC